AUGGCCGCUGCGACUCCCAGGCAAAAAGUGGUGGUGGUGGGUGCCGGCCCCGUGGGAGCGCUGGCAGCGUUGUACGCUGCAUCCCGAGGCGAUGAAGUUGAAGUAUACGAAUUGCGUGGAGAUCUCCGCGAUCCCACCACCGUGCCGCUUAACUUUACCAAGUCGAUCAACUUGGCCAUUUCAGAGCGCGGAAUCACCUCUCUUCGGCAAUCGCAACGGUCUGGCUUGAUCGAAAAUGUCCUCCGCGAGACUAUCCCCAUGCAUGGGCGGAUGAUCCACGGCAGAGACCGAGGACAGCUGUGGGAAGCUGCUCAAGCUUAUGAUGUUCAUGGUCAGGCCAUCAAUGCAGUCGAUCGCAGCACAUUGAACAAUGCGCUACUCGACGAGCUCGAGCGCACUCCCAAUGUCAAGCUCUUCUUCAACCACAAGCUCACCGGCGCGGACUUCCGUACAAACAAAGCCUGGUUCGAGCGACGCAUCCCCGGCGAGACCCCCCAGCCAGAUAACCUAGGUGUAGCCGGUCGUGUCCCGGAAAUUGAAGUAUCAUACGACUAUCUCAUCGGUGCUGACGGCGCACACUCCGCCACUCGAUUCCACAUGAUGAAAUUCGCCCGUGUCGACUACCAGCAAGAGUACGUCGACACGCUCUGGUGCGAGUUCCGGAUUCCACCCUCCGAGGAUGGAAAUUUCCGCAUUUCGCCGAAUCACUUGCACAUCUGGCCGGGCCGCGAGUUCAUGUUCAUCGCCUUGCCGUCGGCUGAUAAAUCCUUUACUUGUACAUUAUUUUCGCCGUCGGUACACUAUACGGCGUUGGAGAACUCGCCGCAGGAUCUGCAUGCGUUCUUUGAUCUGCACUUCCCGGGCGUGUGUCCUGAACUUAUUGAGCCGGAGGCGCUGAGCGAGCAAUUCGUUGUGAACCCUCAUCUACCAUUGAUCAGCAUCAAGUGCAAGCCGCAUCACUUUAGCUCCAGCGUGGCUAUAAUCGGUGACUCGGCACACGCCGUGCUCCCAUUCUACGGACAAGGACUUAACGCUGGCCUUGAAGAUGUCCGCGUCCUCUUCGAACAUCUCGAUAAACAUGGCGUCUACGAUCCAGACGUUAGUGUCUACACCCGGAGCGUGAGACGUCAAGCUGCUUUCCAGGCCUACACCGAUCAGCGCUGCGAGGAUACCUAUGCCAUUAACGAUCUAUCAAAGGAGAACUAUGUCGAGAUGCGGUGGGGUGUCAAGUCCCCGCUUUACAAGCUACGCAAAACUGUUGAGGAAACUCUUGACCGACAUCUCCCGUCUCUGGGAUGGAGGACACAGUAUGCUCGGGUGAGUUUCAGCAAUCAGCGGUAUUCAGAGGUUGUUCGGGCUGUGGCCAGGCAAAGCGAAUUACUUGGUCUUGGCAUAAGUGCGGCACUGGUCGCCGGCAUUGGUGCUGUAUCGAUAUUGAUGUGGAAAUGCCCACGGUACUUUUCCCCGGUGCGUUUCUUCCGUGCGUCGCUGCGGUAUCUAUCUAGCGUCUGGUAG